GACGGCUCAGGCACGCAGCCAGCCAGUCAGUGCCCGGGCUGUUGCUGCUACUGAACGGCCAGCUCGCUUACAGCUCCAACAGGCAAAAAUGCUCCCCUCCGUUUUUUGCUCCCCUUUUUUUGCAGCAGCUCGCUUUCGGCAGAUCACGUCACUGCUCUACGCCAUCGAUUCUACGCACGACACACAUUCGACAAGAUGGCUGCUGCUCGAUUCAUCCCCCAGACGCUACGCCUAGCAACAUGUACACCACGAUUUGCUACGCGCCAAUUGCUCGCCGUCCGCAAAUACAGCGAUGAUGCCGCCGCCAUCCCGCCGCUGUUGGCUAAGCUCAAGGGCGACUUGAAGACAGCUAUGCGCGCAAAGGAUGCGCCGAGAUUGGCUGUUCUACGUGCCGUUAUGGCCGCCAACCUCAAUGCCUCCAAGACUGCGUCGCCCAUCCGCACCGAUGUCCAGCUUGUUGCCCUUAUGCGCAGUAUCCAAAAGGGCCACGAAGAAUCUGCUGCCGAAGCCAAGACUGCUGGUCGCGAGGACCUUGUCGAGAAGGAGACGCUUCAGAUUGGAGUGCUGGAAUCAUAUCUUGCCGAUAGUGGUGUGCAGACACUAGGCGAGGCCGAGAUUAAGGCUGCGGUCGAAGAGGCCAUCAAGGGAGCUUCCGACGCAGGCGUCGCUGGCAAAGCGCUUGUUGGCGAUGUCAUGAAGCGAUUGAAGAGCGUCUUUGAUGGCAAGGAUGUCGACCGCAAAGCCGUCGCCAACUUGGUCAAGGAAUUGACGAGUUGAAUGCCACAGAAGAUUCGUCCUGGAAUUUUGUAACCAUAAUCAUUGAAAUUAUUCUUUUUCAAAUAAUUCGAGUAUACGCAACGAUAAAUUAAACAAUUUGAGACGAUUUGUGUCGCUGGUAACAGCUUUUGCUGCUCAGAGGGCGUAGUUGACAUGGUCCCGCCCUGCUGAAUGACUGAGUC